AACAUGGGAAAUCUAACGAAAGAUGGCGCCUGCUAAUAAUUCGUGUUGACAAGUGAGACUGCGACAGUGGGACGCCGUUCGGUGCGUUCGCUUUCCUGCGGCUGCCUGGAAACUAUGGCGGCCCUGGGUAAGCCAGAGACUCAAGUUAUUGACUUGAGUGGCCCCCUGCCCGGUCGGCUAGUGCUUGAAAGAGACGAGGAAGUGGUGGGUCGCAGCAGCGACUGCAGCAUAUGUGUGCGUUCUGUUAUGGUGUCCCGACGCCACGCCGUCUUCAGCCGCGACGCAACGGGCCUCUGGCGAGUCGCGGACGAUUCGAGCAUGAAUGGUGUGUACGUGAACGGUUUACGAGUCGAGACCGAGAGGCCACUGGUGCUGCGGCAGGACGACGUAAUAUCACUGGGUCCACCACAACGAACGAACCUAGUUUUUCGAUUCGUCACAGACGACCCUCGGCAUCGAGCUGGCGAUGCAGGUCAACGCCCCAAGGACACCGCCUCCUCUAGACCUCGUGCAUUUCUCCUUAUGAUUGGCGGUGCCGCCAACCAGCUGCCCAAAGAGCUCGACAGCAGCGGCAAGGCGGUGGUGUCACACAGGGCAGCUAACGCGGCCGACGAAAGCGAAACUUGCCCUGCCGACAGAGACAACAACAACGUCUUCGUUCAACCCGGUGUUUCACCAGGCAGCUUCGCAGCUGCAGGCCGAGGUGACGUUUUCUCCAAGCACAGCAAAAAGAUCAGGUUGUCCUCUGGCGACAGCGUCGUACGCAGGGUAGAGAGCAUUAUGGAAAACGAGCUGACGUGCGCAAUUUGUAGCGAGCUGUUCGUGGAUGCCGCCAUGCUGCAGUGCGGUCACACGUUCUGCUCCUACUGCAUUCACAACUGGAGGAAACAGAAGAAUGUAUGUCCUUUCUGUCUCGCUACAAUAAGUUCGGUCACACGGUCAUUCGUCGUGGACAACAUCAUCGACGAACUGAUUUGCUUCAACCCAGAACUGAAGCGGUUUCGGGAGACAUUAGCGCACUCCAGGUUAGCUGCCUCGUAUGGUGACUCCUCGAAAAACUAAACGCUGCGCUUUUGUAGUGAUUUUGCUGUGAACGUUUUUCACCCGUGUGUGCGCUAGCGCCGGUGUUCUCUUUGCUUUCGCCCCUGUUCCUUUUCUCUUUUUUUGCUUUCUCUCUCUGCACGAGGAAGAAGGCCAGAAUGCGAACAAAAACGACGUUAGAAGGCCUGCCAAAGGGCAUAUUUCUCUCAAAGUUCUAUAGAAAUCAGUUUUAUCCUUUCUGUAUGUGUGUAAGAAAGAUUAUUCCAGUUUUGCUUGUAAAAAGAAAAAUAAAUAUUGCCUAUUGGUUGCGUCUUGUA